CGCGUGUUGGACGUGUGUGUGUUACUGGUUACUGCUUUGUGUUUUGUGUUUACUGCAAACGAUACUACGCUCAAAGCAAAUUAUAAUAUAUUCGGCUGUGAAAUUAUAUAAUUAUUUUUCGCUAGUUGCCAUAAAAACGCGUCAGGCAGUGUUAAAUGCAAAUUAAGUGCAAAUUUCUUAUAAAAACUAGACAACUAUUUUACUGAAAACUACGUCUAACUGGACACAAAAUACAACCACGCAUAAGACUGGAUUUAUGUACUUAAGUUAAAGAUACUUACCGGUUUAUUGGUUCAAAUUUUUCAUAAUUAUUUAGUUUCUUCUUCCUAUACAAAGCUGGCAUUAUAUAGCAUAAAGUUACGGAUUUAGAACUCAAAAUGUUUAGUUUUACGGCGGCCAUUUUAAUUUGGCUGUCCGCUAUUUCAUCGCUCAUAACUUUUAAUUAUAUUGGCGCGGCGGCUGCGGAAGAUGCAUUUUCUUGUCCGAAUGGCUGGGAACUUCGUGGCUUAAAUUGUUAUAAAUACUUUAAUAUCAAACAUUCGUGGGUGAAAAGCGCAGAGCUGUGCCGAAGAUAUGGUGCCGAAUUGGUUGUGAUUGACUCUUACGCGGAAAAUAACGAUACACUCACAAUUGCGACAUCGAGCGAUCCCAACCGCCGUGCUUCGGACAAAUAUUGGUUGGGUUUGGCAUCACUGGAUGAUUUGCGUACAAAUACUUUGGAGUCUGCAUCGGGUGCACUUGUUUCUCAGUACUCGGGCUUUUGGUCAUUACAUCAACCAGAUCCGAUGUCAGGUGAAUGCGUUGCAGCAACAUUUGCUUCAAAAUUGCAAUCCUGGGGUUUGGGUACUUGCGAAAGCUUGCUUCCGUUUAUGUGUCGUGCGCCUGCGUGUCCACAAAAUUCAAUUCAUUGCGCAAAUGGUUUGUGUGUGAACCAGGCAUUUAAAUGUGAUGGAUCUGAUGACUGUGGCGAUGGCUCCGAUGAACUUGAUUGCCCAGCACAAUGCCAUUAUCAUAUGCAAUCGGGUGGUGAUGUUAUUGAAUCACCAAACUAUCCACACAAAUAUGCUGCUUUGAGUAAAUGUAAGUGGACUUUAGAAGGUCCCUUGGGUAGUAACAUAAUACUGCAGUUCCAAGAUUUUGAAACUGAAAAAACUUUUGAUACUGUACAAAUUUUGGUUGGUGGACGUACUGAAGAUAAAUCAGUGUCUUUAGCUACUCUGAGUGGAAAAUUGGAUUUAACUACACAACCACUUGUAUCUGCUUCCAAUUUCAUGAUUGUUAAGUUUACUACCGAUGGUAGUGUAGAACGUAAAGGUUUUCGUGCUACAUGGAAAACGGAACCAAAUAGUUGUGGCGGCACUUUAACAGCUACUUUGCAACGCCAAAUAUUAACUAGUCCAAAUUAUCCUAAAAAGUAUCCGGGUGGCUUAGAGUGCCUUUAUAUAAUUAAAGCACAAAACGGACGCAUAAUUUCUGUUGAAGUUGAUGAUUUAGAUAUACUAGAGGGCCGUGAUUAUAUGCUUAUACGUGAUGGUGAAUCGCCUAUGAGCCGUCCAAUUGCAAGACUUACUGGUGGCACCAAUAAUAAUAAAAAAGUUAUAAUAUCAACAGGAAAUUCAUUGUAUUUGUACUUUAAAUCGAGCUUGGGUGAUUCUGGCAAAGGAUUUAGUUUGCGUUAUAUACAAGGCUGUAAAGCUACAAUUACUGCACGCAAUGGUACUGUGACCUCACCUGCUUAUGGACUUGGUGAUUACCCUAAAAAUCAGGAAUGUUUUUUCACAAUACGUAACAGUCUGGGCACACCGUUGUCUUUGAAAUUUGAUAAAUUUGUGGUGCAUAAAAGUGAUUUUGUACAAGUUUAUGAUGGUUCAUCUACUUCUGGCUUGCGUUUACACUCUGGCAAUGGGUUCACAGGUACAGCAGUUCCAAAACUAACUUUGACUGCUUCAUCCGGAGAGAUGCUCAUUAAAUUUAAUUCUGAUGCACUACACAGUGCUCCUGGUUGGACUGCAACAUUUUCCUCCGAUUGUCCGGAACUUAAACCUGGCAUUGGUGCUUUAGCUUCAAGUCGUGACACAGCAUUUGGUACUGUAGUUACAUUUACAUGCCCCAUUGGACAGGAAUUUGCUACUGGAAAAACGAUUAUACAAACAGAGUGCAUGAAAGGUGGCAAUUGGAGUGUAUCUUAUAUACCUAAGUGUCAAGAGGUUUAUUGCGGUCCCGUACCACAAAUUGAUAAUGGAUUUUCUAUUGGGUCGUCGAAUGUAACAUAUCGUGGAAUUGCCAUGUAUCAAUGUUACGCUGGUUUUGCUUUUGCUUCGAGUGAACCUAUCGAGAAAAUUUCGUGUUUACCAGAUGGCCGUUGGGAACGGAAACCUACUUGUAUGGCUUCACAAUGCGCUCCUUUGCCAGAAGUACCGCAUGCCAAUGUUACACUUUUAAACGGUGGUGGACGAAGUUACGGCACAAUUGUAAAUUAUGAAUGUGAAUCCGGCUAUGAACGUACUGGUCAUCCAGUUUUAAUAUGCAUGUCAAAUGGAACUUGGAGUGGCGAUGUACCACGUUGCUCAAGAAAACGUUGCUAUGAAUAUCCAAAGAUUGAAAAUGGUUUUGUAGUUGAUGCUGCGCGGUCAUACUAUUAUGGCGAUGAUGCACGUGUGCAGUGCUUCAAAGGUUAUAAAUUAAUUGGCAGUAACAUUAUACGUUGUAAUACUGAGCAAGAAUUCGAAAAUCCCCCUACUUGCGAAGAUAUUAAUGAAUGUACUUCCACACAAUGCGAUUUAGCGACGACUGAAUGUAUGAAUACAAAUGGUUCUUUUCAUUGCCAGUGUCGAUCUGGAUUUGCUCCUACAACGGAAUGUCGACCAGUAGGUGAUUUGGGACUUGCUAAUGGUGGCAUACCAGAUGAGAGUAUUAGCACAUCUGGUAAUGAGGAAAGUUACACAAAAGGUAUGAUACGACUUAACUCUGUCGGUUGGUGUGGCGCUUCUACUGAACCAGGUGCAAAUUGGAUUUUAAUUGACCUUAAAGCUCCAACUAUAUUACGUGGUUUUCGCACAAUGUCAGUUGAACGUUUAGAUGGAAAUAUAGCUUUCACCUCUGCAGUACGCUUGCAAUACACAAAUGAGUUGACCGAUGUUUUUAAAGAUUAUACGAACCCUGAUGGCACUACGGUUGAGUUCCGAAUUUUGGAACCUACUUUAUCUAUACUUAACUUACCUAUGCCAAUCGAAGCACGUUUCAUACGUUUAAGUAUACAAGAUUAUGUGGGUGCACCCUGUUUACGCAUGGAGCUAAUGGGUUGCACUCGUUUAGAUUGUGUAGACAUAAACGAGUGCUCCAAAAAUAAUGGAGGAUGCCAUCAAAAAUGUAUUAACUCGCCUGGUAGUUACAGUUGCGCUUGUAACACUGGUUAUCAGUUAUAUACAGUAAACGGCACUGCCGGCUUUAGUAUUGAAAAAACUGAAACUGGUGAACGCGAUGGUGACACAUAUCGCCGCAACAAAACUUGUGUACCACUUAUGUGCCCACAACUUCUCGAACCUGAAAAUGGCAAAUUACUUUCCGAUAAAUACGAUCAUCACUUUGGCGAUGUUGUAAGAUUCCAAUGUAAUUUCGGUUAUAUCAUGUCCGGUAGUUCUGCAUUGCUUUGCUUGUCAAAUGGACAAUGGAAUGCAACAGUGCCUGAAUGCAAUUAUGCUAAAUGCGUUUCUCUUCCUGAUGAUAAAUUAGAAGGGCUCACUGUUGUGCGACCAGAUCCUGAAUCAGUGCUUGUGCCGUUUAGAGAUAAUGUUACCGUAGCUUGCAACUCUGCUGGGCGCCACCUCAAAGGUUCUGCUUCUGCUGGUUUCCGGCAAUGUGUUUAUGAUCCGAAACCUGGUCUACCUGACUAUUGGCUAUCUGGCUCUCAACCAAGCUGCCCACGUAUCGACUGUUAUCAACCUAUGCCAACACCAGGCGCUGAAUAUGGUCAAUUUGUUGACACACGUUAUCAAAGUUCAUUUUUCUUUGGUUGUCAGCACACAUUUAAACUUGCUGGAGAAACAGCACGUCAUGAUAAUGUAGUUCGAUGCCAAGCUGAUGGUAUCUGGGAUUUUGGUGAUUUGAGAUGUGAAGGACCAGUUUGUGAUGAUCCAGGUCGUCCUAGUGAUGGUAGACAAAUAGCACGAAGCUAUGAGCAAAGUUCAGAAGUAUACUUUGGAUGUAACCGACCUGGUUACAUACUUAUUAAUCCUCGGCCUAUCACUUGUAUCAGAGAGCCUGAAUGUAAAGUUAUUAAACCUUUAGGUUUAACUUCUGGCAAAAUACCAGACUCUGCCAUUAAUGCGACAUCCGAACGACCGAACUAUGAAGCUAGAAAUAUCCGUUUGAAUUCUGCCACAGGUUGGUGUGGAAAGCAAGAAGCAUUUACAUAUGUCAGCGUUGAUCUCGGCCAACUACACCGUGUUAAAGCUAUCCUUGUUAAAGGAGUGGUUACCAAUGAUAUCGUAGGACGUCCUACUGAAAUUCGUUUCUUCUAUAAGCAAACGGAGAGUGAUAAUUAUGUUGUUUACUAUCCAAACUUUAAUCUAACUAUGCGGGAUCCAGGAAACUAUGGCGAGUUAGCAAUGAUUACCCUGCCAAAAUAUGUUCAAGCGCGAUUUGUGAUUUUGGGCAUUGUAAGUUAUAUGGACAAUGCUUGCUUGAAAUUCGAAUUAAUGGGCUGUGAAGAACCUAAAAAAGAACCAUUGCUAGGAUAUGAUUAUGGUUAUUCACCUUGUGUGGAUAAUGAACCACCAAUAUUCCAAAAUUGUCCACAACAACCUAUAAUUGUGAAACGUAAUGAAAACGGUGCAGUAUUGCCAGUCAACUUUACAGAACCUACUGCAGUUGAUAAUUCUGGUUCCAUUGCUCGUUUAGAAGUGAAACCUCAGAACUUCAAGACACCAUCGUUUGUGUUCAAAGAUACAGUUGUCAAAUAUGUAGCAUUUGAUUAUGAUGGUAAUGUAGCCAUUUGUGAAAUAAAUAUAACAGUACCCGAUGUGACGCCUCCACUGCUGCAAUGUCCUCAAAGUUAUGUGAUUGAAUUGGUCGAUAGGCAAGAAAGCUAUAAUGCUAAUUUUAACGAUACACGCAAUCGUAUUAAAACUUCGGAUGAUUCCGGUGAAGUACGUAUAACAUAUACUCCAGAAAAUGCUGUUAUACCGAUUGGCGGAUUUGAAAAUGUAACAGUAACAGCGAUAGAUAAAUUCAACAAUCGUGCCUACUGUCACUUCCAAGUUUCAGUACAAGCUUCUCCUUGUGUAGACUGGGAAUUACAACCACCUGCUAAUGGUGCUAUAAAAUGUUUGCGUGGUGAUCGUGGUAUUGAGUGUAUUGCUACCUGUAAAUCAGGUUUUCGAUUUACUGAUGGUGAGCCUGUGAAAUCGUUUUCUUGUGAAACUUCAAGGCUAUGGAAGCCUACAUCAGUUGUACCUGAUUGUGUUUCUGAGAAUACUGAACAAGCUGAUUAUCUUGUAACUGCUACUGUUACUUAUCGUGCUAAUGGUGCUGUAGCUCAAUCGUGUCUCACACAAUAUCAAGAUUUACUAAGUCAGCAUUAUGAUAGCGUAAAUCGUGUGCUUUCACAACGUUGCUCUGCUGUUAACGUUAAUAUGAAUGUAUCUUUUGUCCGAUCAGUACCCGCUCUCUUAGAAGAAAAUGUUGUUAAAAUGGAUUUCAUACUUUCUAUUUUGCCAGGAGUGCGAGAGCCACGACUCUACGAUCUUUGUGGUUCAACACUUAAUUUAAUCUUCGAUUUAAGUGUUCCAUAUGCCAGUGCGGUAAUCGAUUCAUUACUCAACAUCUCUAGCAUAGGCAACCAAUGUCCACCAUUAAGAGCUUUAAAAAGCAAUAUUUCCAGAGGAUUUACUUGUAGUGUAGGAGAAGUACUUAAUAUGGAUACCAGUGAUGUACCACGAUGCUUGCAUUGUCCUGCAGGUACUUAUGUAAGUGUCGGUCAAAGUGUUUGUACGUAUUGUCCGCGUGGUUAUUAUCAAAAUCGCGAUCGUCAAGGCACUUGUUUACGUUGUCCUGCUGGUACUUAUACCAAGGAAGAAGGUUCGAAAGCAUUGUCAGAUUGCAUACCUGUUUGUGGCUAUGGUACAUAUUCACCAACCGGAUUGGUACCAUGUUUGGAAUGUCCGCGCAACUCGUUUACUGCUGAUCCACCCACAGGUGGUUUCAAGGAUUGCCAAGCUUGCCCACAAAAUACUUUUACCUUCCAGCCCGCCACUGCUACUAAAGAAUUAUGUCGCCAAAAAUGUGCACCUGGAUUCUACUCUUCUACUGGACUUGCACCCUGCUCACCCUGUCCUGUAAAUUAUUAUCAAAGCGUGGCUGGAUCACAAACUUGUAACGAAUGUCCUACAAACAUGCGAACUGAUGGACCAGGUGGUAAAGGUCGUGAAGAGUGCAAACCAGUUGUUUGUGGAGACGGUGCUUGUCAACAUGGUGGAUUGUGCGUACCAAUGGGACACGGAGUACAAUGUUUCUGCCCGGCUGGUUUUUCAGGCAGACGUUGUGAAAUUGAUAUUGAUGAGUGCGCCUCUCAACCAUGUUACAACGGUGGCUCAUGUACUGAUCUGCCGCAAGGUUAUCGCUGCGAAUGCCCUGCUGGUUACUCUGGUAUUAAUUGUCAAGAGGAAGUUAGCGAUUGCAGCAACGAGACCUGUCCAGCGCGAGCUAUGUGCAAAAAUGAACCAGGUUACAAGAACUUCACUUGUUUGUGUAGAAGUGGUUAUACUGGUAGUGAAUGUGAUGCUACAAUUGACCCAUGUACAGCCAAUGGAAAUCCUUGUUCAAAUGGCGCUAGCUGCUUAGCUUUACAGCAAGGUCGUUAUAAAUGUGAUUGUCUUCCUGGUUGGGAAGGUAUGCAUUGUGAGAAAAAUAUAGAUGACUGCGCAGAAAAUCCUUGCUUAUUAGGUGCCAAUUGUACCGAUUUGGUUAAUGACUUCCAAUGUUCUUGUCCACCUGGAUUUACUGGAAAACGUUGUGAAGAGAAAAUUAACUUGUGUCUUUCUGAACCAUGCAAGCAUGGCACUUGUGUGGACAAAUUUUAUGUUCAUGAAUGUGUUUGUCAUCCUGGUUGGACAGGUGAAUCUUGUGAUAUUAAUAUUGAUGAUUGUAAAGAUAAUCCAUGUGCAAAUGAUGGGACAUGUGUUGACUUAGUUGAUGGAUACAGUUGUGCAUGUGAGCCAGGUUAUACUGGUAAGAAAUGUCAACAUACAAUAGAUGAUUGUGAAUCUAAUCCUUGUCAAAACGGUGCAACUUGUGUGGAUCAACUCGACGGUUUUACUUGCAAGUGUCGUCCUGGAUUUGUAGGACUUAGUUGCGAGGCUGAAAUUGAUGAAUGUUUAAGUGAUCCUUGUAAUCCCGUCGGUACUGAACGUUGCUUAGAUUUAGACAACAAAUUUGAAUGUGUUUGCCGUGAUGGCUUCACAGGCGCACUCUGUGAAAGUGACAUUGACGACUGCAUGACAAGUCCAUGUAUGAAUGGUGCACAAUGUCGAGACCGUGUUGGCGGUUUUGAAUGUCUUUGUGCAACUGGCUGGAGCGGAAUGCGUUGCGAACAACAAAUAACAACUUGUAACGUGCAAGCACCAUGUCAAAAUGAUGCUAAUUGUAUUGACUUAUUUGAGGAUUACUUCUGUGUCUGUCCAAGUGGUACAGAUGGUAAGAAUUGUGAAACUGCUCCCGAACGUUGCAUUGGUAAUCCAUGCAUGCAUGGCGGUAAAUGUCAAGACUAUGGAUCUGGUUUGAACUGUACUUGUCCAGAAGACUACUCUGGCAUUGGAUGUCAAUAUGAAUUCGAUGCUUGUGAUGCAGAUAUUUGUCAAAAUGGUGCUACAUGCAUUGAUAAUGGCAGUGGCUACACAUGUGUCUGUCCAAAGGGUUAUAAGGGCAAAAAUUGUGAAGAGGAUAUAAUAGAUUGUAAAGAUAAUUCUUGCCCACCUGGGUCAACAUGUAUCGAUCUAACAAAUAGCUUUUACUGUCAAUGUGGUUUUAAUAUGACUGGCGAUGACUGCCGUAAAACUAUACAAGUAGAUUACGAUUUGUACUUUAGUGAUGCUUCACGAUCAACAGCGGCUCAAGUUGUACCGUUCUAUACUAGUGAAUCCAAUAGUUUAACUAUAGCUAUGUGGGUACAAUUUGCACAAAAAGACGACACUGGAAUCUUCUUUACAUUGUAUGGAGUAAAAUCAGCUCAUAUUGCCAGUCAUCGUCGGAUGAUGAUACAAGCACAUUCUAGUGGAGUACAGGUGUCACUUUUCGCAGAUCAGCAAGAUAUUUUCUUAUCCUUCGGUGAGUACACAUCCGUCAAUGAUGGGCAAUGGCAUCAUGUAGCUAUUGUUUGGGAUGGUAUUAGCGGGCAGUUGAAAUUGAUAACAGAAGGUUUGAUCGCUAGUAAAGCAGAAUAUGCGGUAGGCAAAACACUCCCACAAUUUGCUUGGGCUGUGCUUGGACGUCCACAACCAGAUGAUACUAAUCAUGCUGUUGCAUAUCCAGAAACUGGUUUCCAAGGUACUAUAACAAAAGCACAGAUUUGGGGACGUGCUUUAGAUAUCACUUCUGAAAUUCAGAAACAAGUACGCGAUUGCCGAUCAGAACCUGUACUUUAUCAAGGUCUAAUUCUUAAUUGGGCUGGAUAUGAAAUUACUUCAGGUGGUGUUGAACGUAAUGUGCCAUCAAUGUGCGGACAAAGCAAAUGCUUAAACGGGUAUAGUGGACCAAAUUGUCAGCAGUUAUUAGUUGACAAAGAGGCACCUGUAGUUGAACACUGUCCUGGAGAUUUGUGGGUUAUAGCUAAGAAUGGCUCUGCUGUAGUUAACUGGGAUGAACCACACUUCAGUGACAAUGUUGGUGUAACGAAAAUUGUAGAGCGUAAUGGACAUAGACCCGGUACAACGCUUUUAUGGGGUUCCUAUGAUAUUACAUACAUUGCAUCAGAUGCAGCAGGCAAUACUGCUUCGUGCAGCUUCAAAGUUUCUUUGUUAACCGAGUUUUGUCAACCAUUAGCAGACCCAAUUGGCGGUUCUCAAGUGUGUAAAGACUGGGGUGCAGGCGGACAGUUUAAGGUUUGUGAAAUAGCUUGUAAUGCUGGCUUGCGAUUCUCAGAAGAAGUACCAGAAUUUUAUACAUGUGGUGCUGAAGGAUUUUGGCGUCCAACACGUGAACCUUCCAUGCCAUUGGUCUACCCUGCUUGCUCACCAUCGAAACCAGCUCAGCGUGUGUUCAGAAUAAAAAUGGUCUUCCCAUCAGAUGUGCUUUGCAAUAAGGCUGGACAAGCAGUUUUGCGGCAAAAAGUUACGAAUUCUCUUAAUGCUUUGAAUAGAGAUUGGAAUUUAUGUUCGAACUCGGUGGAAGGCACAAGAGAAUGCAAGGAUAUUGAAGUAGAUGUAAAAUGUGAUCACCAUCGUCCUGGUCAAACUAAGCGAUUCCGUCGUCAGACUGAUAAUUUCAGUGAUAAUGAAUGCGAAGGUCAAGAAUGUGAAAACGACGAUGCAAUAAGCGAAAAUACGCGUCAGGGACGUCAACAGACAAGUGGAGGUGAUUCGUACAAAGUUGAAGUUGUGUUCCAAGCAGCCAAUGACCCUGUAAUUCACUCAACUACUGGUGAACGUUCAACUGUUCAGGCGUUAUUAGAGAAACACAUACUUGAAGAUGGAAAAUUCGUAGUACAUGACAUUUUACCAAAUACAGAACAUGAUCCAGCAUCGCUUGAAUUAAGUCCAAAGUAUGCUUGUCCAACUGGUCAAGUUGUUAUGGAACCUGAUUGUGUACCUUGUGCUAUCGGAACCUAUUAUAAUACAGCCAACCAAACCUGUGCUGCUUGCGAACGUGGUACCUAUCAAUCAGAAACUGGACAAUUACAAUGCAGUAAAUGUCCUGUCAUUGCGGGUCGACCUGGUGUAACAGCUGGUCCAGGUGCACGUUCAGCAGCAGAUUGUAAAGAACGCUGUCCUGCAGGCAAAUACUUUGAUUCUGAUACAGGUUUGUGCAGACCUUGCGGUCAUGGAUUCUAUCAAUCAAAUGAAGGUUCCUUUAGUUGCGAACUCUGCGGUCUUGGACAAACAACACGCUCAAGUGAAGCAACAUCACGAAAAGAAUGUCGUGAUGAAUGCAGCUCAGGUAUGCAACUUGGUGUUGAUGGUCGUUGUGAACCUUGUCCUCGUGGCACUUAUCGUUCACAAGGCGUGCAACCUUCCUGCGCCGGUUGUCCAAUUGGACGUACUACACCAAAAGUAGGCGCCAGUUCAGUAGAGGAAUGUACGUUACCUGUCUGUUCACCUGGCACUUACCUUAAUGGCACACUUAAUAUGUGCGUUGAAUGCGCUAAAAGUUUCUAUCAACCGGAAUCACAACAAACAUCCUGCAUUCAGUGCCCACCGAAUCACAGCACAAAAAUCACUGGCGCAACAUCUCAGUCAGAAUGCACAAAUCCCUGCGAACAUAUUGCUGAAGGCAAACCACACUGUGAUCCAAAUGCAUACUGCAUACUUGUGCCAGAGACGUCAGACUUUAAAUGUGAAUGUAAACCUGGUUUUAAUGGAACUGGCAUGGAGUGUAUUGAUGUUUGCAAUGGAUAUUGUGAAAACUCAGGCACAUGUGUCAAAGAUCUUAAAGGCACGCCAUCUUGCCGUUGCGUAGGCUCUUUUACAGGACCAUACUGUGCUGAGCGUUCAGAAUUUGCCUAUAUCGCUGGUGGCAUUGCAGGUGCUGUUAUAUUCAUUAUUAUAAUUGUACUUCUCAUAUGGAUGAUAUGCGUGCGUUCCACAAAACGACGUGAUCCCAAGAAAAUGUUAACACCCGCUAUUGAUCAGACUGGUUCACAAGUAAACUUCUAUUACGGUGCGCAUACACCUUACGCUGAAUCGAUAGCACCGUCUCAUCAUAGCACAUAUGCACACUACUAUGAUGAUGAAGAAGAUGGAUGGGAAAUGCCAAACUUUUAUAAUGAAACCUACAUGAAAGAUGGUAACACUUUAAAAAUGAGCACACUGCCUAGAUCGAAUGCAUCACUUUAUGGAACUAAAGAAGACUUAUACGAUCGACUGAAACGACAUGCCUAUACUGGCAAAAAAGAUAAAAGUGAUACGGACAGUGAAGUACAAUAAGCCUCCAAAGUCAUAAAGACAGAUAAGCGCUUACGAGUACACCUGUUGUCUUAAAGUUGUCAUAAUUUUGGAUAUAUUUUUAAAAAUUAAUUUAAAAUAAAACUUAAGCAGCUAAAAAGUAUCCAAAAAUUAUAAAUAAAAUAAAUAUUAACAAAAUAUAUACAUAUAUGUGAUAAAACAUAUAUGGACAUUAUUAACAGCAACGAGCUUUCUAAAUCUUCUGCCUUCCAUUAGUUGCAUCAACUGCGAACCUUUUUAAAAAUUGUUAAAUAUAUAGAUAACAUAGAUAACUAAUAAAAUAUAUAUAUAUAUGUAUGUAUAAAUAAUUAAAAUUGUUUAGGAGUGUUUAUUAAACUGUUAAAAUAAUAAAUGUCUUGUAUGCAUGGAUACAUGCAUUCAAUUGUCAUCUACAAAGCUUUAUAUUGAAUUGUUGUAAUUUUAAACUCUAUUUUAUUCUAUUCUAUUAUUUUAUUCUAUUAUAAAUUUUCUUGCUUUUAUAGUAUUUCUUGUGUCAGAAAUUAUUUUUAGAUAUAAGCUGAAAUUUUAUAAUCUUUUUAAUUUUAAACAUCAAAUUACACUGCUUAAUGUGAAGCUUCCUAGCUUUUAAAGCUGCUUAAGUUAAAAAUAUAAGUCAUUCACAAUAACAACACCGAACUAUUUCAAAAUACAACAAAAACUUAAACUGAGAACUGUUUAAUGAUUAUUUUUAUUUGUAUCUGUUGCUUUUAAGAAGUUAGAAGAAAACGUGGUGUUCUUUACAAUUAAGUCGUACUCAAAAUCUACUUUUAAGUAUUAUACAAGUAAUAGAAAAUACAAAAUAAUUUGCGAUUAUUUACCUGCUAAUAUAAGAUGAAUUCAACUUAAUGCAAUAGAAUUUGAUACUAUUUUAUUUUAUUAUUAUUUGUUUUUAUUAUUUGUGUUAUAUAAACAUAUAGAUUGUAUAUUUAAAACAAAUCACUUAUAUACUAUUUAUGAUUCGUUAGUUAUAUCAAAUUAUUUUUAGGCAGUGCUAAAUAAUCAGCUAUUAUAUUUAUAUAUUUAUGUAUGUUAAAGCCAAGAAAGACCAUAUUUGUACUAAUUAAAAUUCUUUUUUCUUAAAUAAUUUUUCUUUUUCAAAUAUUUUAAA